UGGGCUCAGUCUGUCUCGGAAAGGAAAUCUAUUUCUCGUUACGUACAGUGCUCUGUCUCUCUCUGUCUCUCUGUCUCCUCUCUCUCUGUGUGUGUGUGUGUAGUGGGGGAACUGUGUGUAGCUGAGCCCUGGCUGUGGCUUCCUGACCCCGGGAUGGAGGCAGAGCGACGAGGAGCGGGAGAAACACAGCUCUCUGCUCUGGGCUCCAUUUAUCUGCCUCACCUGGCAUUCCCUCCACGCACACCCGCCUUCAUCCCCCUUUUAAUACAGAGAGAGGGGGAGGUGAGAGAGCAUAGAGGGAGAGUAGGGAUGUUCAGUGAUAGUCAGUGGAAAUGAGCGAAUGAAAGCUAUAGGAAGAGUGAGCAAUAGAGGAACAGGGAGGAGGAGAGAAAGAUAGAGGGAGGUGGUUGACACGUACAAAACAAAUGAGAAGAAGAAAAUACAGAUUCCAAGUUGACAAAGAUGGGGACAGCAAUGAUGAGGGAGAGAGAGAGGCUGUUGUCUGAAGAGAGCGAAGACAUGAUACUAACGUUGUUAGAGAAAGAGGGGAUGAAAGGAGAGGAAAACAAGAAGCAAAGAGGACGGUAGAGCGAGCCAGAAAGGAGAGAAGAGAGAGGUUGGUCGAGUGGGCAAGACAAAAAGAAUGAGCGAAUGAAAGAGAUGGAAAUAGGAAAUGACAGUGGCUUGGAAUCUCACCAGCAACAAUGAGGCCCCCAGUUGAUUUAUUAUGUGGCAUAAUUGGUGGAUUGGUGAAUCCAGUGGAACGGCACAGCUGCCUAGAGCAGAGCUCUAUAUUUUAUAGACAGAUAUAGAAAUCCCAGACAUGACCAAAUCUGUGUUCACACCAACAGCCCCAGUGGCAGCUUUUGGCACCAUAUCUAAUGAAUCGCUGACAAGGCUCCACAUCGGGAGCAGAGGGAAGGUGAGCUAGUCCUACCCCUCCCAGCCACGCCCGGCAUCUUCUCCCCGUCUCUCUCUUCGUCUGCCUCAUCCAUCUCUUCCCCCGGCAUUCUCCGCCAUGGCACUCCUCUCCACCUCUCUCACUGCCUCUGUCCCCUUCCUCCUCUUCCUCCUCCUCCCCCUUCCUUCGCCCUGCGUCCUGGAGUCUCUACGAGGAGGAGGAGAGGAAGAGAACCGCUCCAUCUCCACCAUGUCCUAUCCCUCCAUGUCUCCGGAGUUCUGGAGCAACAGCAGUACGGGGCUGGGCGGCAGUUCAAAGUGCUCGCAGCCGGUGGUGUGCAGGCCGGGCACCCUGCUGCCCGUGUGGAAGCCCCUGAGCCCCGGGCUGGGCGACCAGGUGGCCAGGGCAGUGGUCUACUUCACCUGUCUCAUGUACAUGUUCCUGGGAGUGUCCAUCAUCGCAGACCGCUUCAUGGCCUCUAUCGAGGUCAUAACCUCACAGGAGAAGGAGGUGACCAUCACCAUGCCAACCGGUGAGACGUCUGUGGCUACUGUACGUAUCUGGAACGAGACUGUGUCCAACCUGACUCUGAUGGCUCUAGGCUCCUCCGCGCCAGAGAUCCUGCUGUCUGUCAUAGAGGUGUGUGGGCAUGGGUUUGAGGCGGGUGAGCUGGGCCCUGGCACCAUUGUGGGCAGCGCCGCCUUCAACAUGUUUGUGAUCAUCGCCAUCUGUGUGUGGGUCAUCCCUGAAGGAGAGACCAGGAAGAUCAAACACCUGCGUGUGUUCUUCAUCACAGCCUUCUGGAGUAUCUUCGCCUAUAUCUGGCUCUUCCUCAUCCUCUCUGUCAUCUCACCCGGAGUAGUGGAGGUGUGGGAGGCCCUGGUCACCCUGCUCUACUUCCCAGUGUGUGUGAUCCUGGCCUGGAUCGCCGACCGACGCCUGCUCUUUUACAAGUACAUGGCCAAGCGUUACCGCGCCGACAAGCACGGCAUCGUCGUGGAGACGGAGGGGGACACAACCCCGAAAGGCUUCGAGAUGAUUAUGGACGGAAAGUUCCCACCUAGGGGAGGUGCGGUGGGAAUGAUGCCCAGUGAGAACUGCCAGGAUGGGGCCAACAAUGCAGCGGGCACCGUGGCCUACCUACCCAACUCCAACAGCACCAUGGUGACCGUAGAGAAUACCAAGGAGCUGGACGAGAGCCGCAAGGAGGUGAUCCGCAUCCUGAAGCAGCUGAAACAGAAGUUUCCGGACAAGGAGCUGGAUCAGCUGGUAGAUCUAGCCAACUACUACGCCCUCCUCCAUCAGCAGAAGAGCCGCGCCUUCUACCGCAUCCAGGCUACGCGCAUGAUGACCGGCGCCGGUAACGUGCUCAAGAGGCACGCCGCCGACCACUCACGCCGCGCCGCCGCCGUGGACGAGGAAGUGGUCUGCGAGGACGACGACCUGGCCGAGUGCAGCCGCCUGGCGUUCGAGAGCAGCCACAGCCAGUGUAUGGAGAACUGCGGCGUACUGAGGCUGGCUGUGGUGUGUCAAGGGGGCCUGGGGGAGAGCACCUUCUACUUGGACUACCGGACCGAGGACGGCUCAGCCAACGCCGGGUCUGACUACGAGUACAGCGAGGGAACGCUGGUGUUCAAACCCGGAGAGACCCGCAAGGAGAUCAAGGUCGGCAUCAUCGAUGAUGACAUCUUCGAGGAGGACGAGCACUUUUUUGUGCGGCUGCUCAACUUGCGCAUCGGUGACGCCGAGGGGAUGUUUGAGAGUGAUGAGCCAGGUGCAAGACCCAAGGGUCGCCUGGUGGAGCCACUGGUCACCACGGUGACCAUCCUGGACGACGACCAUGCUGGAUUCUUCACAUUCCGUAAUCGGCUGGUGCGCGUCAGCGAGAGCGUUGGCACCAUGGAGAUUUCAGUGGUGCGGAACUCAGGCGCCCGCGGCACGGUGAUCCUGCCCUAUCACACGGAGGAGGGCACGGCGAAGGGGGGCGGCGUGGACUACGAGGACACCCAGGGAGAGCUGGAGUUCUCCAACGACCAGACAAUUCAGACCCUGCAGGUGAGGAUCAUUGACGAUGAGGAGUAUGAGAAAAAGGAGAACUUCUUCAUCGUACUAGAGGAACCACGCUGGCUGAAGAGGGGAAUCUCAGCCCUUCUGCUCAACCAAGAGGAUCCUGAUGGCCAGAUGAGUGCAGAGGAGGAGGAGGCGAGGCGCAUUGCAGAGAUGGGAAAGCCCAUCUUGGGGGAGCACAGCCGGCUGGAGGUGGUCAUUGAGGAGUCUUAUGAGUUCAAGAGCACCGUUGACAAGCUCAUUAAGAAGACCAACUUGGCCCUUGUGAUUGGGACUCACUCCUGGAGGGAGCAGUUCGUGGAAGCUGUGACUGUCAGCGCAGGGGAUGGUGAUGACGAUGACGAGGAGGGGCGUGAGGAGCGUCUGCCAUCCUGCUACGACUACGUCAUGCACUUUCUGACGGUGUUCUGGAAGGUUCUGUUCGCCUUCGUUCCACCCACCGAGUACUGGAAUGGCUGGGCCUGCUUCUUCGUGUCCAUCUCGGUCAUCGGCAUCCUGACUGCCAUCAUCGGGGACCUGGCCUCCCACUUUGGCUGCACUGUGGGCCUCAGGGACACCGUCACUGCCGUGGUGUUUGUGGCUCUUGGCACCUCCAUUCCUGACACGUUUGCCAGCAAGGUGGCGGCCACGCAGGACCAGCACGCUGAUGCGUCGGUGGGCAACGUGACAGGCAGCAACGCGGUCAACGUGUUCCUCGGCAUCGGGGUGGCGUGGUCAGUGGCGGCCGUCUACUGGAAGGUGCAGGGCAAGGAGUUCCGCGUGGACCCGGGCUCCCUGGCCUUCUCCGUCACCCUCUUCACCAGCUUCGCCUUCAUCUGCAUGGGCGUGCUGCUGUUCCGCCGGCGGCCCUCUAUCGGGGGGGAGCUGGGCGGGCCGCGGACAGCACGCAUCAUCACCAGCCUCCUCUUCCUCGGCCUCUGGUUCCUCUACGUCCUCUUCUCCAGCCUGGAGGCCUACUGCCACAUAGAGGGCUUUUAGAGGACACAUGAGAGCAGAGACAGGGCUACUAGUCAAAACACUGAUAUACAUUAUAGUUAUUAUAAUACACACUUCUACUACAGGACAAGGCCCAGGCCAAAGGUUGGGACCUGGUCAUUAUCACUGGAUCGCUAAUACCUAAGGGAUCUGUAGACAUACCCGAUAUACACACACUUACAUACAAAACACAUACUGAAACAUGAACUGUACAUAUAACUACAUGCAUGCACAAACAAAUGCACACGUGGUCUCUCACCAAGACCAACCCACACAUACAGCACUGUAACAAGGGCACCACACAGGUUGCGUAUGGCCUGGAGCCUGGAUGACACCCAGUUAACAUCAACCUCCUAUUGCACAUUAAAAUGUUAUACACGCUCACUGGACAAACGAGGAAGAGAAGGAGAGAAAAUAAAGUAUUGGUCAAGGAAGUGAUGAAGGAAGUAAGACGGGAGAUUUCAAAGGAAGAAUGUUCAGAAUGUAAACCAGCAUGUCGUAAAAGAGGGAGAGAGAAAGUGACAGACAGGUGUGUAGAAACUAAGUGUUGGAGUGGCAUUCUAUUCAUUCCAGCUGGCUGCAUAACAUGGUUUUGGGUCCAGCUAGACUGCUUUAAUUGAAGCAGGGUAGAGUGCCAUGUGUUUUGCAGGGUGGGCCGUAGCUCCGUCACCGUUGCAGGGAAGGCGAACCAGACUCGAUCCACUCGACUCAAUCCAUGUCUGUGUGGCCUUAAAGCAGUACACCUCCACCCUUUCACUGGGGGUUCCUUUUCAAAGACAGAAUCCACACACGUAGAAGCAGUGGUGGAAAAAGUACUCAACUAUCAUACGUGAGUAAAAGUAAAGAUACCUUAAUAGAAAAUGACUUGAGUAAAAGUAAAGAUACCUUAAUAGAAAAUGACUUGAGUAAAAGUAAAGAUACCUUAAUAGAAAAUGACUUGAGUAAAAGUAAAAGUCACCCAGUAAAAUACUACUUGUUCUAAAAGUAUCUGGUUUUAAAUGUACUUAAGUACAGUGGUGCAAAAUGUACUCAAUUGUCAGACUUAAGUAAAAGUAAAUGCUAUACAUCAAAUUCUGUAUAUUAAGCAAACCAGACCGCACAAUUUUCUUUUUAUUUACGGACAGCCAGGGGCACACUCCAAAACUCCGACAUCAUUUUUUUUUUAAACGUAGUAUUUGUGUUUGGUGAGUCCGCCAGAUCAGAGCCAGUAGAGAUGAUAAUGUGUUAUAUUGAUAGGUGCGUGAAUUGGACCAUAUUACUGUCCUGCUUUUGGGUGUCAGGGAAAAUUUAUGGGAGUAAAAAGUCUUUUUUUUUAGGAAUGUUGUGGAGUACAAGUAAAAGUUCUCAAAAAAUAUGAAUAGUAAAGUAAUGUACAGAUACCCCAAAAACUAGUAGUACUUCAAAGUAUUUUUACAAAGUUACUUUACACCACUGCGUAGUAGUGGAAUGGGUCCAUCUUCAGUUGCUAUGACAGAGCACCAUGAAAAUGGUUGGUUAAUGAGUAGGAUGUUUACAUUUAGCAAUGGGAGAUAAAACAACAACAAAACUGAAAGCCCCAAGUUGCAGUUACUGUAUGGUUUUCCAUACAGGGGAGGUGGGAAUUACGCAUGACAUUGAAACAAGCUCUCAAUUCUGUGUUGGUGUAAAUACAAUAGGAGUGUAUAUGUAUUUGUUAGAGGGGCUUCUCUACAGAUAUGGUGGGAUGGGGUAGGGUGGCCAAUAAUAGAUAUAAUGCAUGGGGUUCAGAAACUAGUCGCCACUCUCUUACUUCACAGGAAAAUGACUUUUGCAGGUAGCUUGUGUAAAUUAUGGCUCCGAGAUGAGAUAUCAUCCUUUCUCAUAACCACAAUCCCCAUCCAUCGAACUUUAACAUACAGCGGUCCAGAGGGAUUAAAUAUAAAUUUGCCUCAUCUGUGGACUUCUGAAUGAAGGGAAGACAGAGUUUCUGGAGGCACGACUCUGGAUAACGAAAGUCUCACAUCCAGCUCUUGAGGCUCUUACUGUUGUGUCUCACUGGACUUCAGAUAUUACAGUGGAGAUCAUAGAUCUGCAUUCCACUCCAGCAGACAGCAGAGUCCUUCAUCACCAUCAUGUUUGAGACACUGUACAUUUUUAUGACCUUUCGCAACCACAAUGAGUGUGAAAUGAUGAUUUAGCAAUGCAGGCACAUUGAUGGUGUAAAUAUUAUUUGAUGUUACUGUCCACUGAAGCACAGCACAAAACGACACAUUAAUCUCCUAGAAUGUGGAAUGACACUACAAGAGAGAGUGUAUUGCUAUCUAACGUAUACUUUUCAAAAACAAUCCUUUACCUGAAUACAGGUAUAAAGUCAAACCUUUACAUCUAUAUACUGUAUCCCUUUGGCUCCACGCUUGCUCAGUGGACAGUAACUAUUCAUUGUACUUUGGUGGAUGUAAAGGUAAAAGCAGAGAGGGGUGAUGAGGUUGAGGGUAGUGUUUGUUUGGUCCAAAAGAUAUCCUAUGUGAGGAUAUUGGCCACCUGUGUAGGACUUCAGGACCAAAAGAGUUCUGUACCGAGAUGUUAAUAUUGUUGUUCAUUCAAUCGAAAUCUGUCAAUAUCUGUGUAAAAAAAAAAACAUGUGGUUCGUUUGUGAUAUUUGUGAUACUAUAGCGGAGCACCUUUUUAGGUAUGGAGGGCUGUAACCCUCUGCUGUGGAAUACUGGGUAGAAAUGCAUGACAUGACAGAAUAAUAGUGACAGCACGGCACCGGCAUGGACAAAAAAAUUCUAGCCUUCCCUGUAGCUCAGUUGGUAGAGCAUGGUGUUUGCAACGCCAGGGUUGUGGGUUCGAUUCCCACGGGGGGCCAGCACAGGAAAAAAAAAAAAUGUAUGAAAUUGUAUGAAAUGUAUGCAUUCACUACUGUAAGUCGCUCUGGAUAAGAGCGUCUGCUAAAUGACGUAAAUGUACUGCAUGGGUGGUGACAAGAGAAUACAGUGUUUGUGUCUUUUAUGUGAGAAUGGUGCAAGCAGAAGGUCCAGACUGCAGCCAGACCUGUGAAGAGCAUGCAAACUGCCUUUGCUCCUCACCUGUUUACAGUAAAGGCUGCUCUGAGAUCAGCUCAACCCAACCCCAGCUAAUUGUCCCAAAAUACAGAAACACUGGGCCACCAUCAGUACUUAAGACCAUGGCAUAUACAUUAUCUUAUUUUGGAGUGAGGCUUACAGUACAUCAAUUUGUCCAACAGUGUUGGUUCAAAUGCUCCUAUUCUUCUGGUUUUUAACUUUUUGAAAUCCAAACCUCCCCGUUUGCGUAACAGUGAAACUGGGAUAGAUUAUAUUUCAAACUGUGAGUUCUCAUCAGCUACAGACUGUUAUUCAGUAACUACUGAUCGUCACUACUGUAAUUCUGCAUCAUACCCAUUUAAUGCCUUAAAGUCUAGUACUUAAUAUUUAGUCAAAUUUUACUUGUCUUGUGUAUGCUUUGAGCGGGCAUCAGAAACCAAAUUGAUUAGUGUGCAAUAUGUGGAACCAGUGAGAAAUCUCUACUACUUAGUUAAGAAGAGUAGCAGAGGUAAUAUGAUUACAUACGACCUGAAAUAACAUCUUCUUGAAAGAUCCACUUAGCGAUACUGUAUUUACUCUGGAUCUGACUCUACUAUAUAAUAUAUUGUUACCCCUGCCCUAAUCUCAAUGAGAUGAAAGUGCAAUUAAUAAGAUAGUGGGAGAUGGGGAGGGGUAGUGAAAUGUUAUGACUGUCCAUGGUCCUUACAUGUGGUUCAAUCACCGGACUUACUGAGUCGCUAAAAAAACAUGUAGAAUAACAGAAGACAACAAGGCUGACACAAAAUGGAGGUGGGUUUAUCUCAGUAUUGCCAAGUGUUCUGAGGUGGAUAUGGAGAGAAUAGAACACAGCAGUGAGGCUCUGUCAAUAUGCUGCACAAUACUAGAGACAGAUGUUAUAUCGUAUGGGAGUUUUCCCCACUUAUUUUAGAGUUCAGGAUACUUGGAACUCUAGUUGAACUGUAGAGUUGUCAAUCAGUACAACCAGUGAGAAUGAUUAACAUUUAAAUAUUACAAAUGCAAAAAGUGGAUUAAAGAGUAAUGACAUUUUGGAAGUUAAGUGAGUAAACAAAUUGACCCCCUCAAAAUUAUAGAUUUAUUGAUUCAAAUAGUAAAGGCUCUCUUGAGAAUAGUCAUGUAUAAGUAUGUUUAUUGUUUCUUGUAUAACAUAUAUAAUAUCAACAAAGAUUUCAGUUACCUUGGCCCUCAGUGUUUCCCCACUGCCAGUCUUUGUCAACUUUUGAAAAUAAACUUUUUAUCUCUUCAGAUUAUAUUGAUAAUGCUGGAAGCACCAUAGACGUAGACCCAAUGGUUUAGGCAGGUAAUAAAGAGACAUUUUGAUAUUUCUCUAAUUGUCCAAUUUGAAGACAAAUUUCCCUUUAAACUAGUCAUUUGAUGUAGCACAAGCUGAUGUCUAAUUUCUCUCCUACUAAAUCACUGUGUCUAUGUUUUUGUAGCCUACAUGUACAUUUCUGUUGCCCAGAUUAUUUAAGUUAUUUAUAUUUAUUAAUAAUAUUUUAUUGUUCAACGGCUCCUUGAAGCAAACCAUUUGAACCGUUACAAUGCUUCAAAGAGAGUGGUAGCAAUGUGCAAUAUAAAGCUGAAUCUUCUUUGCUUUCAUCUUGAUGAGCAGUCAACUCAGCUCACUCAGUGGGAGUGAAACACUUAUUUUCUCCUGUGUUUGUUGCGCCCGCGGCCAACCAACAUAGAUUUAUUUAAUUCACUUGAGAUUAGCAUGUUUACAUACAAAUUUGUAAUGGACAUUCCAAUUAACCUUGUCAGUUUGUUCAGGGUUGUUAUACAUAGGAUGACAUUUACAGGGCCUUUACAGUGGUCAUUGGGUUGGUUAUGACAUACUUUUUCCUGAAUAGAACUGUCUACAAUGUUCAGACAAUGUUCAGUGUUUUGAUGACUUCUAUUUAACUAUCUGGCCGUUGCCAUUGCUGUAGAUGAGAUAUCACUCCCUGAUGUUUUAUGUGCUGUAAAUGUCAUCCUAUGUGCAAAUGCAUGAACAUUGUGUGUUAGCAUGGUCUGUUAUGGACGUCUAGGUUUACAUUUGGAUCGGGUUAUCCCAAAACAGUUGCUCUUUUUGGCCUGUGUGGCUGCUUGCGUGGUCUGCUCACGCUUGCAACAAACUGAGCAAUGUCGACUUGGUCGAGCAGCAGGUGAAUUGUCAUUUUUUGAUUACGUGUUAACAGUCUACUUACUUAUUCACCACCUAUAAAAGCUGUGAAAAGAAAGCCUGACUUGUCCUGUCUGUCUGAAUGUCUCUGAUCAUUUGGUUGUCAGUUUGUUGGAGUUUGAUAUUUCUGUGUUCGUGCCCCUCAACUUUCUGUAUUGGGGUGAACCACCCCAGGUCUUGCUCUUCAAUGUGUCCUUUGUGCAGUUUUAUCUGUGAACCUUUCUCUCUGCCUGACAUUUGUAUGGAAUAGUGACUGACUUAAAGAAGACAUGUGAUAUUUACAUUUAUUCAAUACUGUAAUAAAUUAUUUGAAAAUUAUAUUAAAUUUUUUAUGAAAGGAUAAACAAAGGAAAAGAAAAAUGAAACUUGUUUUGGAGAACCUAUGGCAUGAGGUGUAAUGUGUUCUGAAAAAACAACUAUGUAAUCAACUCAAGUUAACCUUAUUGAAUAUAGUUUAUUUAUUUUCAA